AUGAAAAGUGCAUUUUCCCUCUAUUCAGCCUUUUUUGUUGACUAUAAAUUAACAUCCUAUAUCUUACGAGGAAAGGGUAAGGAGAAGGUUGAAGAUUCAGCUGUUAAGUCACUCACCUGGUUACCCCCAGCUCCUGGAUUUCUGAAGCUAAAUACAGAUGGUGCUUGGAAAGGGAUUGACAAGGCUGAUGGAGGUGGAGUGCUGAGAAAAGAAAAUGGCGAUUGGUUCCUAGGUUACUCAAGCAAAUACAAUGCGAAAACUCCAUUAGCUGCUGAACUUUUGGCUUUAAGGGAAGGCCUCUCUGUGGCAAAAACUUUUGACAUUGACAAACUUGAAGUGGAGACUGAUGCUGAUUCGUUGAUCUUUAUGCUUGACACCUCAACUGUAAACCCCUACCCUCACCAUGAACUGGUUGCAGUUAUUGAAGAAGUGCGUAGGAUGCUUAAAGGAAAUUGGCAACUUGAGUUUCGUCACAUCCCUCGUUUCAAGAACUUAGUGGCGCAUGGUCUGGCUGCUAUUGCAAUGGACAUGGCUAUGGGUCAUAAAUCUCAUUUUGAUCCACCUUUAUCAGUCAUGGGUGACUAUGAGAACGACAAGGCUUCGGUGGUGACAGUAAGGAGUAUGAUUCGUGAAGAAAAUGACAACUAG